UAAAGGGUUGUCGAUGAGUUGAACGACUGAACAAAGAUUAGAAUUUGCCUUUUAAUAAUCAAAUAACCAUGUGUCUUCAACGGAGUAAAUGGUGAAUUCCACCGUCUGACCAUGGGUGCAGUUGUUGUCAUUCCUAAGGUAACACUAGAGCCGAACGGUUCAAACCUCCUCGAUAAUGAAGGAAUAGUCAUCAAAAAGUCCCGAAUGGCUAGCGAAGAAGACGAUCCGACAGUCAGAGAUGACUGGAGAAAAAAUGUUUUGAUAUCAAACUCAUCACUGGUCUUAGAUCGCAAGAACAAAGUGACCAUAUCCGUCGAAUCGCCAUGUGUUCUAAGGGUUGGUUUGACAACUGUUGACCCACAAAAGCACGCCAAUUUUCUUGACGAGAAUAUAUUUGAGCAAGAAAGCGGUUUUGGAACGAAAAAAGAAGUCAACGAAUUGUUUAUCAACGACUUCAGCUUUGUAGUGUACAACAGCAGAGAAUGCUUAUUUUCAAAAACACAGUCGCCUCUAUGGCUUUAUAUUAUAGUCGUAUACGGGUGUCCAGAUAUCAACAUUGCUCAGGAAGCAGGUACAGUCAAUAUGGAUUUUCUCACUUCAAAUACGACAGCUAUGACAUCAAACACUGCAUCUAUCAACAUAAGAGAGCCCGUUGCUUGUGGAAUAACCUAUAAGAUCAGGUGGAAAAUGGAACUGAAAAAGGAGACGUUUGCAGGAAAGAUGCCACAGCAUGGGCUUCUGUUCUUACGACUUUCAACGCGCAAAACCAACAAUUCUUCUGAAGAAGAAACAGAAUCCCCAUCCACACUCGUCUGGGAAACGGGCAGCGCUAUUUGGGACAAGUCUUUCAACGGCACAAUUGCAGUCCGGUUUGUCCAAGACAAAAACAAAACAAAAAUAAUGCACAACAUUAUGCUUCACUCAGUGAACACUGAACGAGAAGACAUCGUUGACUUGCAAAUUCCUGAAAACAAGCUCUACCUCAGCAUUGAAUUCAGUUCUGGAGAAAUCUCUUGUGAGUGCAACAAGGAAGGAGCUAUAACACAAGGUUUAGGAGCUUUAGUCUUUGUUACAACAAACAAUGAGCCACCGGAGGAAGCGAAAUUAUCCAGGGAUAUUUUGGAACUGGCUUGUGUAGAACCAGUUAGAAUACAGUACGGCAUGGACCCGACUCAGUUUGUUAUCGAGUUUCGCGAUCGGUUACUCAACUCAGGGGAAGCUGGAUUGAAAAAGGCGAUGUGCAGUCAAGUCUUUAAUGUGACACAAACAAGCUUUGUCCAAGUAUUUGGUCCUGUGGACGUUCAGGAUUACUUGGAAGGAUAUUUUACGACACCACAGAACGGCGGUGGCGAUUGCACAGUUCACAAUGUUGAGAAUGAACAGGGCUGUUGGCUAAUCGAAUUUCGCAAUCAUAAAGUUGCCAGGUGUAUAUGGUUACAAGAGAAAGUAAUGAUCGAACGACAUGAAGUUCACAUACUACCUUUCUACGAGCGUCUUAGAUUUGCGACGAGGUCUAGUGAUGGAAAAUACGGCAAGAAACCAGAAAUUGACGGCGGAAAACUUUUGAUUGACGAUAUCGAUGAAACGAAGUUCAUGUUUGUUUAUAGCCGAGAUGAACAAAGACAAAAUCUUAAAUUAAACACUGAUAGAGAAUCUAUCCCGGUCAGUAUUCGGUGGUUUACACCAAGCGAUUUUGAAGGAGACUCACGCAAGCAUCGACUCGAAAUUGAAUGCGAAAUACCUAGGAACAGAUGGAAAGGAAGAAUAAGGAACAAAAUAAAACAGUUUUUUGAUGAUAAAAUCAUUAAAAAUGAAAUUGAAGUUGAGAAACACAUGUGGGAACUAAUUGAAGGAAAGGUCAAAGGUUUACAACGUUCCACGGGAAGUUCCGAUUUAAUAUUGAAUCAAGAUAAGGCUGUAGUUAUUAUAACUGGGGAUAACAGAAGCGAUAUUGAUCGAUUGAAGCGAAGUAUUAUAGGAGGGGAUCCAGUCACACAAGAAACACAAAUAAUCAGUAUUCCUUUCGAAAAAUACACGUGCCUUCGAGAGGAAAAACUAUUGGAAACAGUUGAAAAGGAAUGUCCAAACGUAUCACUUAGUGUGAACAAUGACACAAAGGAACUAUUUAUAUCAGGUCCCGUUGAGGAAGUAAAGAUGGCAAAGGAUCGUGUACAUAAAAUGGCACUAAACAUUAAGAACGUUCACGUUGAUUUGACAACAGCACAGACAAACUUUUUAAAAACAGACAAGGGUAUGGCAUUCUUUCAAGAAUGCCUCAAAGAAAAUGACAUAAAUCAACACUUUUCGAUACCGCCUCACUCAGAAGAACUUGUUGUGUUGACAUACCUAGAUGAUCCACAAAACGACAAGAAAACAAAGAAAAUUUCGGAUAUAUUAUCGAAGCGCAUCUCAACGGUGUCAGUGUCUGUCAACCAAAAGCAUUUCAGUGUAAUACAUUCCCAUUCUUGGGAAUCGUUCCAGUCUGAACAAGAGGAUGGUUUUCCUGUUACUAUAACGUACAACCGAUCUACUUCAACGGUUGAAAUAAUUGGUGCUAAGAAUAUCCUACCAGAUGUAAAGAAAAAUGUAGAAAUGUAUUUGGAAUCUGAUGCGGAAGGAAAAGAUUCCUUGACUGUUUCUCCCUUGGUUGCAGAGUAUCUGGAAACGUUCGAACAUGAAACAUACCAAUCGCAAUGCACGUUUUGUAGAGACACAGGUGAAUACACUGGAAAAGUCAUCAUAUCUGGAUCAGUGAAAUCUGUUCAAGAUUGCCGAUCAAAAUUGGAGAGAAACAAUAAAGAAAUAAAAGUGUUUUGGGCUUUUAUUUCAAAGAAAUGGAUCGCUGGGGCAGUUGAAUAUCUUCCCGUUACUAGACUUCAAAACCUCGAAACGUGUUUGGUCCAAGCAGAUACGUGCGACUCAUUAGCAACAAAUAACAUACAGUGUGUGUCGGUGUACACAAAAUCAGGGGCAGUGAUUCAAGCAAAGAUUGGAAACAUCACAAACGAACUUGUUGAUGUUAUUGUAAACUCAUCAGAUUCUAACAUGGAAUUUACGGGCGGUAUAGCAGCCCAAAUAUGCGAAAAGGGGGGACCUACUGUCAAGGGUGAUUGCGAGAAUCAGGUCAAAAUCAAUGGACCGUUCGAAGUCAGCCAAGUUAUAUCAAGUGGACCUGGUAGACUCCGCUGUCUGAAAAUUGUUCACGCUGUACCACCAAAGUGGAUUGACGGACAGUCAAAUGAACCAGAACUGAUGAAGAAAACCGUCGAAGCAAUACUGAAGAGCGUGUCAGAGAGCAACUUUAUCUCUGUGGCAAUACCACCGCUUGGCUGCGACACCAGACAAUAUACAGAAGACCAAGCUGUUCAACAUAUUGUCGAAGCUGUUGUCGCAUUCUUCGAAAAGGACACGAAAUGCUCCGUCAAAGAAGUAUUCUUGGUUGCAAGCAAUCCGCAGAUUGUAUCAAAGUUUUCUGAAGCACUAAAGAACCUAAAACAUCCAUGGAACACAUUCUGUCACGGAAGGAAAAUGCCGAAAGCUGUUAUUAAAACGAACGAUUCAACAACUGGUGACAAUACAGAGAACGCUGAUGUUAUUAAUCCUUUGCCGGACUCUUUUAAGUGGAAAGGGAAAGGCAAACGAAAGGACAAGACUUUAAGGUGGCGUUUGACAGGAUCGCAACCGCUACAGCGGCUCUCCGAGAAUGAUGAAGGCACAGAAAUCAUGCCAGAGUCUUUCACUGAAUCAGCUUGUAAAGAAUUGCCAUACAGAAUACAGAUAGCAUCGUCAACCACCCUUCAUGUAAUAGUAGGGAAUCUUGCACGGCAUAAGAUGGAUGUAAUAGUGAAUGUGACGCCAAAAUAUCCUGACGUUGUUGGAAACUUAACAAGUGCAGUUAUAGUGGACGGCGAGCUUCAGCAAGAAUGGGCAAAUCUGAAAAGCCUAGAGAUUGGCGAAGUCAAAUGCACGACUGCUGGACAUGGACGACUAAGGUGUAAAAGCGUUUACCACAUUAUUGCCCCCUCGAGAAAUCUGCGAAUGAUGUCGAAUGCAAAUGCUAUACGGGACAUAGUCAACCUAUGUCUACAAAGAGCGAACGAGGACCAGUGUCAGUCCAUUGCAUUUCCUGUCAUAGACCAAGGAAAACUCACAGAAGAUAAAGUGGCAGCUGCCAUGGUGAAAGGUGUUUACGAAUUCCUUCAGGCCGAGAAGAAAUGCUCGAUCAAAGAUGUGUAUUUUGUCAUAUUCCACAAGGAUUUUCACACGAAAAAGGUUUUCGAACAAGAGAUUCCAAAUCUGUUGAAAUUUGAAAACGAGUUCGAUGAUGACGAACCCGUGUCGAGGGUCACCAUGGUAAAACGGAAGACACCGGUCUAUGUUGAGCCUACCGAGCGGACAGCAGCCGAUGAUAUUGCCAUAUUCAAAAUUGUUUCAAUGACAGACGGAGAAAAGAUCCGAAAGAAAAUUGUUCAAAUGGUAGAUCGUGAAAUUGUAACCAAAUGGUUCGAUUUCAAAAAACUGUCAGACGAAAACAAGCUUGAUCAAAAAGAGGAGACCUGUUUGAAAACACUGGAGAAUACCCAUAGCGUGAGUCUUCUAGUGGACAACAAAACAACAUCUAUCAAAGUGACGGGCCUAAAGAAAAGGGUAGAUAAAUGUGAAACAGACAUUAUUGUCAUGCUAUCGAAGGAUUUCCCCAUGAUGAGAUUUAAAAGGAAGUUGGAGAAUCAAAUUGCCAAGUCUGUGCAGUGGUUUUAUGACGACAAUGGACAGAAACGUGAACACGAUCCAGCAUCAAAUUUGGCUCUACAUAUGGGAUACAUAAGCAAUCAGACCAAAACCCACUUUACCUACUACAAUGCUCACAAUGAAGCCGAAUAUACGGUGGAUGUACAGAUGCAACAGGAGUAUCCUACCUCUGAUUCCAAUCAAAAGCGUCAACUAUACCAGCGAUUCAUAAGUCUUGCAAUGAUUGCAAUUCCAGACGCGUGGUCAAUAGCUUCAUCAAAAACCAAUCAAGCCCAAGUUAAACUGCUUCCUUCAGACAAGGAAUACACCGAUGUAAAGGCGAAACUACUGGCUGAUGGACUGAAACCUACCUCUAUUGUUAACAUAAUACGACUUGAGAAUAAACACAUGUGGCAAAUGUAUCACGCCAAAAAGGAACAGAUCGACAAACAGAACCCGAAGGGAACUCAAAACGAGAGGCACCUUUGGCACGGAACAGAUCCGGCCACGGUGGAUUUGGUAAUCAAAUUUGGAUACGACAGAAGUUUUUGUGGCAAAAAUGCAACUGCAUAUGGAAAUGGUGCAUACUUUGCGAUCCAAUCCUCCUAUUCAAAUGGAUUUGCAGUCAUUGACGGUACAGGUGUACGUCGAAUGUUCCUGAACAAAGUACUGACGGGCAUAUACACCAAUGGGGUGAAUGGGAUGAACUAUCUUCCUGAGCGGACGAAAUUGAACGGAAUACCUUUACUAUACGACAGUGCCGCAAAUAACACAGGCAACCCAAGCAUGUUCAUUAUAUUCCAUGACUCGCAGGCAUACCCUGAGUACCUCAUUGAAUAUAAAUAAUGACUGUUUCAGGCUUGCAGACUAGAUUGCUUGUGAAGAUUCUUAAGACAUUCUCCAAAAGGAAAUGUUGGAUUAUUGUUAUUUUCAUUUACUGCAUAUACGGGUUCGACAAUGUUACAAAUUUCAUCACUGUCUGUGGUUUCAAUCAAAUCGAAAAUGUUGUUCGAAAGGAUUGUUUUUGUGAAUCAGGAAGGACCUCCGUCUAGAAUUGCUAUCAUAUCGUUAUGAUUGUUUGAUUUUUAUAAGGAUCACUACACAAAUAAGCUUAUACAAUAUGACAAAACUACAUGUACAGAUGUACAAGAAGAAAUACUGUAUGUUUCCUAUUUUUGUUUCUUUUUCAUGUGUAUUAUUAAUGUAUUUAACUUAUACCAAAUGUUUGUUUGAAGUUCAAGUAUUUUUUAAAGGUGUUUAAAUAUUUGAGAUUUCCAACUUAUAUAUGUGUGCUUAAUCGUGUACAUGUAUUUUCUGCCAUAAUAAUGGCAUUAUGAGUUAUUACAUAAAAACAAAUUUUCGGCCAACUUCUGCUACCAAUGAACUUAAUGCUAUCAAAGAACUUGAACAAUGUGCAGUGACAAUAACCAAUUGGAUGAAUGGAAACAAACUAAAAAUGAACACCUCAAAAACUGAAAUUAUUAUGUUUGGCAGUAGAGCACAGUUAAAUAAAUGUUGUACUAACGAAAUAGACAUAGCUGGUGACAAAGUUCAGUCAGUCAGUGUUAUAAGGUACUUAGGUGCUCACUUGGACGAAACUCUAAAUCUUAAAGAGCAUGUAAAAACCAAAUGCAAAACCGCAAUGCUAAACUAUCUCAGAAUUAAGGGAAUCCGUAAAUUUCUUACUGCAGAUGCGACUAAAAUCCUUGUACAUGUACUUUCAUUAGUCAUCUCACACUUAGAUUACUGUAAUUAUAUACUGUUUGGCAUAGCAGAAUGUGAUCUAUACAAAAUGCAACGUAUUCAAAAUAUGUGUGCAAAACUAUUCUUAAAAAGAGGCAAAUUCGAAAGUUCUAAACAAGCUCUAUAUGCACUUCAUUGGUUACCUAUCAAGGCCAGAAUUAAUUUCAAAUUGCUAUGUUUCAUGUACCAGUGUUCUGUUAAUGAUGCACCUGCCUACCUCACGGAACUUUUGUCUAAACACAUCCAAAAGAGAUCGGGGUUAAGGUCUUCAGAUUCAACAGAGUUACAGUUUGAGAUACCUUUAAACAAAAGAAAAUCCUUUCAUGAUAGAAGUUUUAGUACAGUUGGUCCCAAGCUCUGGAACAAACUACCUUUAAUGAUAAGACAGUCUGCCUCUUUAGACACUUUUAAGAGAAGCCUGAAAACGCACUUUUUUAGGGACUUUAAUGCGCUGUUUUAGAUGUAGUUGUCCAAUAACAGUUAAUUCAUUAUAUAAGAGACUUUUCGACAUUGUUCUCAAUAUACAUAACUGAGACAUGUGUAUAUUUUAUUGGUUUUAUUGUCGUUUCUUUCAUAAUUAUGCUUUUAAUUCCUCUGUUUUUUAUAUAUUUUUUUGUUUAUUGUGUUCUAAUUUAUGUUUUAUGUCUAUUAUUUUACAUGUUUAAUACUGAUGUACAACGCCAUUGGAUAUGAUUUUGUACAACAAUAGGCGUUUAAUUAAAUAAAACAGUUUCAGUUUCAGUUUCAAAUUGUAGCAGACAUUAGGCAGAUUGUUCAGAACUGUGUUAAAGUUUCACGGAUACACAUGUGAUCUGCAGUAUUCAGUCCAACAGCAGAUAAGACAACUGUUUCAAGUGUACUGGUUUAUUCAAAUAUAUGAGCACAUCAUCAUAUAUUUCACAUUUUAAAAAUGGCAACAUUGUUAACUUUAACAGUGUUCUGAACAAUCAGUUAUUUGCAUUGUAUUGUUUUUCUAUAAUUUUGAUCCUUUGAUUUCCAAUGAUUCGGUUUGCUAUUAUAAAUGUAUAAGUGGUUUGCUAUUAUAAAUGUAUAAGUGGUUUGCUAUUAUAAAUGUAUAAGUGGUUUGUUAUUAUAAAUGUAUAAGUAGUUUGCUAUUAUAAAUGUAUAAGUGAUUUGCUAUUAUAAAUGUAUAAGUGGUUUGUUAUUAUAAAUGUAUAAGUGGUUUGCUAUUAUAAAUGUAUAAGUGGUUUGUUAUUAUAAAUGUAUAAGUGGUUUGCUAUUAUAAAUGUAUAAGUGGUUUGUUAUUAUAAAUGUAUAAGUGGUUUGCUAUUAUAAAUGUAUAAGUGGUUUGCUAUUAUAAAUGUAUAAGUGGUUUGCUAUUAUAAAUGUAUAAGUGGUUUGUUAUUAUAAAUGUAUAAAUGGUUUGCUAUUAUAAAUGUAUAAGUGGUUUGCUAUUAUAAAUGUAUAAGUGGUUUGCUAUUAUAAAUGUAUAAGUGGUUUGCUAUUAUAAAUGUAUAAGUGGUUUGCUAUUAUAAAUGUAUAAGUGGUUUGCUAUUAUAAAUGUAUAAGUGGUUUGCUAUUAUAAAUGUAUAAGUGGUUUGCUAUUAUAAAUGUAUAAGUGGUUUGCUAUUAUAAAUGUACAAGUUUACAGGUAUUUUAAUUAUUACCAAGUAUUACCAUGCUAUGCAAAGAUUUUCAUAUUUAUACACAUGAAACUCAAUUGCAUUAUACCAUUUUGUAAUGCUUAAAUUUAUUAGUCCUUUUGGAUAUAGCAGAUAGACCAUACAGUAUAAAUGAUAUUUUGCUAAAAAGAAACCAUGGAUUAGACAGUGAGAGGGUGACCACAGCUUUAAAUUCCAACGUUCACAUCGGAGACCAAUACUCAGUAUACUGUUUAUUGUAAUUGGUUCACAAAAGCCAACAGCACAUAACACAAAAUGUUUUCCAAAAGAGUAAACUCUUAUAUAUUACUGUCAUUAAUUACCCUAAUAAUGAUCAAACAGCACAUGGUUUUAUUGUGAGGUGUUAAAAAGUAAUGAUUCUUGUGCACACUAUAUCUGCAG